AUGCAAGAAACAGGCAUUUUAAGCACAUCUUUAUCCCAAGCAUCUCAACCACAGUUAUGGUCUCCCAUCAAUCCAGUAGCUCAUCAAAAGGCCACAACCUCUACUCAGUCUCUUUUCAGCGCUGAUAUUUUGGCUUCAUCUGCAAUAGCGACAUCGCAGCCAUUAGCAUGUUCUUCACAACCUGUCACUCUUCCAUCUAGUCAAUCAGGUCAGACAAAUACAGAACCACCAAUAGAUGAUUCUCUUGUAUCUGAUUGUUAUGCUUCCCUUUUGGGAUUAGCUGAAACCUUUAGGACAAUGAGUCCUCCUAAUAUGCGACUUGCUGUUCAUUGUUUAAAAGCUAUCCUCCAGUUCAAACUUUCUGUUAAUUUGGAAGCUCGAACUCACUUGCAACUUGGACGACUAUUGUUUCAUUACAGUAAAAGUGAUGAUCAAACUAAAUUCCACUUGGAGAAAGCUCGUACUUUGGGAGCUCAUCUGAAAGCAAACGAUGAUUCUAUUAAAUUUGAAGCUGCUGUAUUACUAGCUGAGUUCUUUGAGAGGAAAGGUAAACGAUAUGAAGCAACUUGUAUUCUGAAUGAUGCUAUCAGACUGUCAAAUAAUAAUCCAUACUGGCACUGUCGAAUAUUACUGGAAUUGGCUCAAGCCCAUAUUGCUGAACGAGAUGUAAAUUCAGCUUGUGAAAUCUUGGCGAUGGGUUCUGAAUAUGCGCGUCUACACAAUUCUGAUUAUACGAAUGGUCUAUUUCUGUUGAGUAAAUGCAUGUUAUUGUUAGCCAGUAGACAACUACCUGAAGUCACUGCCACAUUAACUGCUGUCAGCCGAUUGAUUGAACAAUUCAAAGGAACAAUGUAUCAUCGUGAAGCUCUACGUGUAUUCUAUCUUGUUCUACAUGUGUCAUUUUAUCUUAUUUCUGGUCGAGCAAAAUCUGCACAUCCAAUACUUAGGCAAUUGCAUCAAAGCAUUCAACAAUUUGCUGCUAUGGAUGAAGCGGAUAAUGCUUCAACAAAUGAAAUUGAUCGGUUUCAUUGGAUGCCUCGUGAACAUAUGGUCAUAUUAGUUUACCUUGUCACUGUUAUGCAGUCAAUGCAAGCUGGAAUGCUUGACAGAGCUAAACGAUCAGCUGAAAAAGCUCUAAUCCAAAUUGAAAAACUCUCUGUUUUCGAUACUAGUCCAUUACUUACUGUUUUUCAUUUAAGUCUGCUGGAACAUACUGCCAUGGGUCGAUUGGUAAUGGGUAUUCAGACAGCAGCUGCACAAGAUAUUGGUCAAGCUUGUAGGAUAUGUCAGGCAAAUCCUGCACUAAUGUAUAAACGUCUUCCUCAGUUGCAUACAUUAAUUGGUUUAUAUGCUAUGUCAAUGAACUGUAUGGAUCAGGCAGAAAAUCAGUUUAAAUAUGCUCUUCGACUUAUCACUGGACCUCAGCAAAAUAUGGGUUGUCGAAUCGCAUCUGGGGAUAAAAAUCUCAGCUUAGUGGCUUCUACACGAGCAUCUUGUCAACCAGAAGGACCACGUGACCCCUUAUCUGUAUUGGUUUGUCUCAAUUUAGCUUUGGUGCAUAUUCGGAAAGGUAAUACAAUUGAAUGUGAGGGAUUAUUAAAUGAAGUCUUUACAUGCGGUACACGUGUACUUGAAAGUUGUUAUUGUCUUCGAGCUGCAGCAGAUUAUGUUCGAGCUUUUCAGGCAUUUUAUGAAAAUAGACUUUUAGAUGCAAAAUCUUUUCUCCGUGAAACUGUACGAUUGGGUAAUGAAGAAGAGUUACAUCGUUUAUCGGCAUCAGCUUUCAUUACUAUGGGUCAAAUACAUCUGAAUGAACAAAAUACAAUUGAAGGUCAUAAAAUGAUAUGUGCAGCUAUUCAUAUAGCUAAUCGACUACCUGAUAUAGGAAUCCAGUUAUGGGCAACCGCUUUGCUUAAAGGUGUUGCCAACCUUCGUGGCGAUACAGAAGAAGAAACUCGUUGGUUUACAGAACAUGAUCGUUUCUCUCAAAUUGUCAUUCAUGAACAUAUGCGUGCAGUUUCAGCACCGGAACAUACACUCAUAGAAUGGUUAGAUGGACCUCUACCUGAACUUCAACUGUCGCAUACAGUUGCAUCCACUUCAGAUACCAACUUAAUAUAA